UAAGUUAACCCCAGUUUUACUUUGCUUGCCCGCUCAGAUCUCGUCGUUUUCGCUUCAUUUGAAAUCUCGCCCACUCUUGUUUUCAUUCAAACCCUAACCCUAGAACUCAAUCUCGAUCUCUAAUGGCGGAUUCAGAUCCUGCGGCCUCCCCUCUCAAACAGUCGCCGGAGAAGAAUGAGGAGCUACAGGAUUCAGGAACAAAGAUCAAGCAAGAGAAUGAAGUGCAGGAAUCAUCUCCUUUUUCCAAUUCACCGAAGGAGGAGGGUGUGCAGCCAAUCGGAGCGAGGAUCAAGGAUUUAGAUGAGUCGCAGUCGGAGUUGCUGUCUAGGAUUCAAGGGUUGAAGCAGAAUGUCCAAAGCUGGAGAUCACUGGUGGACACACAGCUGAAGUCAUACAAGGAUGAGAUGACCGGGCUUAAGAAGCAACUUGAAAGUGAAUUGGAGCAGUUGUCAUCGGACUUUAAAGAACUGAAAACCACUCUCCAGAAGCAACAGGAAGAUGUCACUAAUAGUUUGAAGAACUUGGGUCUGCAAGAUGCCCCUAAACAUUCUGGGGAGUCUGAAAUUGAGGAGGAUAAUUCGGAUAAAGCACAAAGUCCUGCAUCAGAAAGCAAAGGGGAUUCUUUGCCUGCUGGAGAAUCCUCUAUCCAGUAGGCUAAAAGAUUUUCUACCAUGCAAAACUUGAGAAUGAAGGAAAAUAUUGCACUCUCACAGUAUAUGCUGCUCAAGUUAUGCCCAUCCUCAGUAAAAUUCCCUCAGAAAUGCUUAUAAUGGAGGUAUAUGCUGGUGUAUUGGCUCAUUAUAUUUGAUCUGCAUGAUCAGGCAACAAAAAAGUGAACAUAAUAGGUUAUAUCCCUCUAUGUACCUGUAAUAACAAACAUAGUUUGUUUCUCAUCUAAUACUUUCACUAUUCUUGGUUUCUUCA